CGGCACAAACCCCAGCUGGAACGCCGGAUCGUUGGCUCAACUAACCGGUGGCGUUUCCCCAGAGAGCCUUUUUUGGGAGACCUGCUGGCGCUUUCCCAGAUGUGCAAGGCUGUCAACGUAGACUUUGAUGAAGUUCUGAAGAACCCAGACAGGUUAUGCAUUUCGCAAAUUCAGAAAAAUUUCCCUGAGAAUUUGAAGAACAAGGCCAUCCAAAGCGGGGAGGCGGGUGUGAUUCUCGAAUGCCUUGGCUUCAGAUGGGAACUCCAUCAGCCCCAGCUUUUUCAGUCCGAGACCUUGACCAAGCUUUACAUGAUGGCCCUGGCCUGGGGCAACGCAAACCCUGAGAAGGAGCUGGAGAAGCUUCUGCAAGCUCAGCUGCCCAGGAAGAUUAAAGAACAACGCCCCGUAAAGAAGAUGAUCGUUUCCUUGAAGAUCAAUGACCCUCUGGUCACCGAAGCUGCCUUCGCCGAGGCCCUGAAGAAUCUCUACCUGCGCGAGGUAAAGGUGAGCGUGGACGACGUGCUGGGCGUGCUGGCUGCGGCCCACGUUCUUCAGUUCCACAGCCUGUUCCAAAGGUGUGUGACCGUGAUGAUGAACGGACUCACGCCAAGCACCAUCAAGAACUUCUACCUGGCCGGCUGCAAGUACAAGGAAGAGCCGCUCACCACUGCCUGCGAGAAGUGGAUGGAGAUGAACUUGGUCCCUCUGGUGGGGACACAGAUCCACCUCCGGAAAAUCCCGCAGGAGCUGCUCCACAAAGUGCUGAGGUCCCCCAGAUUAUUUUCCUACAGUGAAUUCCUAGAA